CUUGCGUAUCGUACGUAUUAUACGUCUUCUGCCACGCGCACGUUGUGUGUGAAAUUAGAAGCAUUGGGUAAAAUUAGCAUUUUCUGUCGAACAACAACAACAAGUAUGAAAAUCUAUACGAAUGAAGGCAAUCCAUUUGGAUUGAAACUGCAAAUUUUGGCGAAACUGGCCAAAUGUGAGGUGACAGUUGAAAAGAUUGGCAUAAACGAUGAUAAAACCAAAAAUUUAUUAUUAUUACCAACGCUGGAAUUGGACAGUGGACUCAUGUUGUUUUCUACCAACGCUGCUGCAAAAUAUUUUUUCCCGGAUGAAGGUGAAAAGAGAGAUGAGUGGCUUGAGUGGUCCGUAAAUGUUCUGGCACCCACUUUAGUCAAUCUCACAGGUGUAGGUCAUCAUGCCAAUCCACAUGUUUUACCUAUAUUAAAUAUUUUGAUUAAAAAACUUGAAGAUCGCCUGAAAUCUUCAUCCUAUUUAGCGGGAAAUAGUGUCACUGCAGCUGAUAUUUCAGUCUGGUCUCUUCUUACGCCGGAUAACAUUUUAAAUGAUGCGAAAGAUAUUAAUUGUUUGUCAAGGUGGUGUCAAAAUAUUAGCGAUUUACCUGAAGUUCAAGAAAUUACGCAAAAGGAACCAAUUAAGUCUGUGACUUUUAAUGCCUUACAAAAUUCUAAUCGUUAUGGUGGUUGCUAUCAUAUUCCGAUCCCAGAAAUUGCUAUGGCUCGCAAACAUUUCGUUUGCAGGCCUCCUGAAGAUUUAAAAGAACCUAGAACCGUUCUACCAAAGCCUGGGGAAAAAAACGUAUUAAUUACUUCCGCGUUGCCCUAUGUGAAUAACGUGCCUCAUUUGGGUAAUAUUAUUGGCUGCGUGUUGUCAGCAGACAUUUUUGCUAGGUAUUGUCGGGCUGCUGGCUAUAAUACUUUGUUCAUUUCUGGCACUGAUGAAUACGGCACAGCGACCGAGAAUAAAGCCUUAGCGGAGAAGUUAACUCCCAAAGAAAUAUGUGACAAAUAUUUCGAACUGCAUAAUUCUAUAUACCGUUGGUUUGGCAUAGGUUUUGAUUACUUCGGACGGACAACAACACAAGAGCAAACUGAAAUAGUGCAGGAAGCCUUCAAAGAUCUCUACAACAAAGGAUUUAUAAACACUGAAAGCGUAGAACAACUGCUUUGUGAAAAAUGCGAUCGCUUUCUUGCAGACCGUUUUGUUGAAGGCGCGUGUCCUCAUCCUGGCUGCGGCUAUGAAGACGCCCGCGGCGAUCAGUGCGAUAAGUGUGGCAAACUGGUAAAUGCAACUGAUCUGAUAAGACCACGUUGUAAGGUUUGCAAUACUGCUCCUGUCAUUAGAUCAUCUGAACAAAUGUUCGUAGAUUUACCGAACAUUGAAAAAAAACUAGAAGGUUGGGUAAAAAAAUUUGAAUAUGGUUGGACAAAUAACGCACGAGAGAUAACUCGAGCGUGGUUGCGUGAAGGCCUAAAACCGCGUUGCAUUACGCGGGAUUUGAAAUGGGGAAUUCCAGUACCACAUCAGGGUUUUGAGCAAAAGGUAUUCUAUGUGUGGUUUGAUGCACCAUUCGGUUACAUUUCUAUGACCAAACGUUAUACAAAAGAAUAUAAGCAAUGGUGGCAACCUUCUAAAGGAAUAGAUGUCGAGCUUUACCAAUUUAUGGCUAAAGAUAACGUACCGUUCCAUUCUGUGGUUUGGCCUGGCGUUUUGUUGGCCAUUAAUAAAGGUCAUGUCCUAGUGUCACAUAUCAUGGCCACGGAAUACUUAAAUUAUGAGGACGGAAAAUUCAGUAAAAGUCGCGGCAUUGGAGUUUUCGGUAAUGACGCACAGGAGACGGGCAUACCAGCUGAUGUUUGGCGCUUCUAUUUGGCUUCUGCACGUCCUGAAGGCCAAGACUCCAGUUUCAGCUGGAAUGAUCUGGCAGCCCGUAACAACUCCGAGUUACUCAACAACUUGGGCAAUUUCAUUAACCGCGCUCUAGUCUUUUGUGAUAAAUAUUAUAACGGUACUUUACCCGAAAUGAAUCUCAGUAAAGAGGACGACAUUCUCUUGAUGUUUAUUAAUCGUGAAUUGCGUGGCUAUAUACAGUCGCUGGAAAAAGCUCGAUUACGUGACGGAAUACGGUAUCUGUUAUCGAUCUCCCGUCAUGGCAAUGGCUACAUGCAAACCCAUCAGCCUUGGGUACUCUUGAAGGGCAAUGAGCAACAACAGGCCCGUGCGGCCACAGUUAUUGGUUUAUGUUGCAACAUUGCCUGCUUGCUGGCGAAUCUUUUGUUUCCUUAUAUGCCGACAACAGCUCGUACUAUCUUCCAACAACUUAAUACCAAACAAACAAGUUUACAUGCAGAUAAGCCUUACAUUGAUAUAUUGUUGCCAAGCGGUCAUAAAAUCGGUAAGCCUGCACCGAUUUUUACAAAACUUGAGCAGAAUUUCAUAGAAGAAAUGAAAAAGAAAUACUCUGGUCCUCAGAUCUUAAAGACCACUCUGACAAUUGGUGAAUUGGAAAUGGCUGUGAAAGCACAAGCCGAUAAAGUGCGACAAUUAAAAGCGAGUACUAAAGACAAGACAGUUUGGCAACCGGAAGUUAAUAUAUUACUUAAUCUCAAAAAGCAAUUAAUGGAGGCUCAAAGCAAUCAAGCAUCCUCUACUGGUGACGUUGAGACAAAAAUUAUUAAUAAUUCGGAUGUUAAUUAAUGUUAGAUUGAGUCGUAGGUAACUUUCGUUUAUUUAUUAGGCAUUUAUUUUGUUUCCAUUGAUUAGCAAAAUUAUAUUAAUUUAAGAAUUGAUUGUAAGGUAUUCAAGCUUGCCUUUACUGCCUUUAAAAGGUUGUCAAAGCCGGCAGCACAUCCCAUAUUUUAAGGUCGAAUUUUCAGAGCGGAAUUUUACAAACCAAUUUCUAAUUGCCCGGUCAGUUAUCCGUCCUUCACCGUAUGCGCGGCAUAUUUUUUCAGCUGUCUUCUGACGGCUAUUACCUCGUUUAAUUUCCCAGAGCUUUACAUGUCGAAUAUGCAGUUUUUAACUCUCCAUUUCAGUGGUCAAGAAAAACGGUUGAUGUCAACAUGCGCCACAUAACACAGUUGACGGAAGACUAACUGAAUAUUCGUCUAUAUAGUGAAAAGAGGAACUCUUUUGUUUCGGUGACUUAUAGUGGGUAAAUACGAAAUAUAGACUCUACUUAUCUGCAUCGGAAGUUACCUAUGACUCGACCUAAAAAAAUCAAAGAUUUGGACGAGAAAAUUUUAAAACAAGUUCAUCCGACAAUUCGAAAGCCUGAAGUUGAGAUUUUGUUAUCAUUGAAAAAAAAAAAAAAAUAAAUGCUCUAACCGGUGUUACUGAGACUCUGAGUAAAAAUAAGAAGAAUAAAUAAUUUUUUGCGAUGCCUUUUAGUACACAUUGCGCCGUAUUUACCUCUGCUUUGCUCAAUUGCCAUUGAAUUAUGUU